ACUGCAUAUUAUUCCUUUCCUCGGCUCUCAUAUAAGCAAUGCCAUGCCAUGGCAUACAAGCCUCUCUCUCUCUCUCUCUCUCUCUCUCUCUCAAUACAUAUAUGCAUGCUGAGUCCUUUCACGUUCUCCACAGCAGUAAAUUCAUAGUUGUUUCUGUCAAAAAAAAUCUUAGUUAGAUCGAAGAAAAUGGUGGAAGAAUCUCGGUCCUUGGAGUAUACUCCGACGUGGGUAGUGGCAGUUGUUUGCUUUGUUAUCGUCCUCAUCUCUCUGGUUGCUGAGCGCGGCCUUCACCGGCUUGGAAAGUUGUUGGAGCAUAAGGACCAAGAUGCCUUAUUUCGGGCCUUGGAAAAACUGAAAGAAGAAUUGAUGCUUUUGGGAUUUAUCUCCCUCCUUUUAAAUGUGUCCCAAGGUCUAAUAAAACACAUAUGCAUCCCUAGUCAUCUUGCAAACUACAUGCUUCCAUGCAAAUGGGAAACUAGUGCCUCUGAGAUGCACCACGAACAUCAUUUUCAGCCAACUAUGACAAAUGGACGUCGGCUUUUGACCACAGAUACUGGACUGGAAGAUUGUAAGCUUAAGGGAAAGGUACCCCUGCUAUCAAUAGAAGGAUUACACCAGCUGCACAUUUUCAUCUUUGUAUUGGCACUUGUACAUGUGAUCUUUUGCGCUACUACCAUGGUUCUUGGAGGGGCAAGGAUAAGACAGUGGAAGCACUGGGAGGAUUCCAUCAGGAAUGAGAUAACCAAAGCACAUAGUGUUCAUACUCAUCACAUUCACCUUUUCAAGCAACGCGCAACCACAGGCCAUUGGAGGAAGUCAGUUGUUGGAAGUUGGAUGAUGUCAUUUUUCAAACAGUUUUAUGGCUCAAUCACAAAGGCAGACUACAUCGCUCUACGAUCAGGAUUUAUACGGGCUCAUUGUCCGACAUCGCCUAAUUUUAAUUUUCACAAGUACAUGGUGCGGACGCUAGAAGUUGAUUUCAAAAGAAUAGUUGCGAUAAGCUGGUACUUGUGGCUCUUUGUUUUCAUCUUUUUGCUUCUCAACAUUCAAGGAUGGAACACAUUUUUUUGGUUAUCUUUUCUACCGUUAAUACUUCUGCUCCUCGUGGGUGCUAAGUUAGAAAACAUAAUAACCCGCUUAGCCCAAGAAGCUGUAGAGACAAAGACAGAUGGCCAAGAAGCACCACCAGUGAAGCCUUCUGAUGAACUUUUCUGGUUUGGGAAACCGCGACUAGUUAUUUAUUUGAUUCACUUCAUUUUGUUUCAGAAUUCAUUCGAAAUAGCGUUCUUUAUUUGGAUUUGGAGCACAUAUGGAUUCCAUUCAUGCAUAAUGGAGAAGUUGGGCUUCAUUAUCCCAAGACUUUUCAUGGGGGUGCUUGUUCAAGUGCUAUGCAGUUACAGCACCUUACCUUUGUAUGCACUUGUCACGCAGAUGGGAAGCAUGUUCAAACAAGGAAUAUUUGAGAAGGAUGUGCAAGAAGGUCUUGAUAAAUGGGUUGGAGACCGAUGGAAAAGAGGGACGCAGCACCACUCACCUCAGAUUAAAAGAAUGGCCAAAGAAUCAUUUGAAGAUGACCGUAUUGUAGAAGAAACACCAGCUGUUGAUGAAGGAAACACGACAUCGAUUAUUGAGCUUUCUCCUCGUACAUAAACUCAGAUUUCAUCUCCUAGCCUUGAGCUUGCCUAGCAACUGUUAAUCAGGGUUCAUGGACUCUUCAGAAUGUGCCAAGUAUCCGUCUAAACAAAACACAAUUGGAUGAGAGUAGGAAAUGUGUCUGGCAUUUUUCAGCGGCACAUUCUCCUUGGAAGCACUUUUAUGUGAACAAGUUUAUUGCAGAGCUAUUCAUAAAUGCUAAACUAUUAUUCAUGAAAUGAUCUAAGACACCUUGUACACCUGAUUUACCAUAAAAAAUUGGGAAAAUUUCAGUUUGAC